GAACUUCCUUGCCCAGCUCUGCACAUGUUACGUCUAAUCCCAUGGGGUUCGCCUUGGUUCUCAGGUGCGGAUGUAACGCAUGGCAUAGCGGUGUAGUAAAUACUUCCGGCUGUACACGGGUUAAACGUGUAUUGUUUGCCCAAAAAGCCACUGAGGGGCUAAGACCCCCUGCACUAGGUCGGUACACAUCAUUCCUUCGGUAUUAGGAAUGUUAAGACCCCCGCUAGGACUCUCAGGACACAACCAGCAAACAGCGGGUUACCAUGAAUUGAAGGUUCUGGAGCUUUUUGCACAGCAAAGACCAAGGUUUCAGAGCUUGCGCUACAAGUGUGACACAUCCACAAACAAAUCCUCCUGCUUAGCAUGUUCUGAAGGCCCCUGUCUACUUGACAUCCUGUAACGCACUGGGACGCUAAUUUAAUGACUGGCGAACAAAGUCCGUUUAUAAUGGAGGACUAUACAACCAGGACGUAUGGAACGGGUGGCAUGGACAACAGACCUUUGUUUGGGGAGACUUCAGCAAGGGACAGAAUCAUCAACCUGAUUUUUGGUAUAUUAACAUCUCUGCUGGUUCUAGAGACUGUUAUCAGCGCAUUUGUCUUUCCUCAACAACCUCCAAAACCAGUGAAUGUUUUCUUUGCAGUCUGCAUCCUCUUGUGCUCUAUUACUGCACUUAUACUUAUUUUCUGGUAUCGGCAAGGGGAUCUGGAACCUAAGUUUAGAAAGCUGAUCUACUACAUUUUGUUUUCUAUUGUCAUGUUAUGUAUAUGUGCCAACUUAUACUUUCAUGAUGUUGGGAAAUGAAGCAUGGGGAUUCAUAACAGACAAACUGCAUUAAAAGCACGUACUACAGGGGCGCAUUUCA